UUCAAGUUCACAAUGGCUGAGCUUGAAGAGCGUCCAACAAAGAUUCGGAAGCUUGAUAUAACGAAAGAGUCAAAUGAGUCGCCACAAAGCAAUACAGCAGCCCAGGAAGCUCCUGAGAUGGGAUUUUCAGAUGCAACCAGUGACCAAUUAGAAGAUGAAGGAGGAGCACCAUCCCAAGAUGGUCAGGAAGAGAGGGAUGACCAGCCCAAACUAUCCAAAAGCCAGAUGAAGAAGAUGAAGAAAAAAGAGCAGUGGGAAGCCGGGAGAGAAUACCGGAAAGCCAAGCGACGAGAAAAGCACCACGAAAAACAAGCUCGGAAGAAGGAGCAGCGUCAAGAAUUGCAGGCAAAGAUCGCUAGUGGAGAAGCAAUCGAACUUCCGAAGAAGGAAGUUGAAGAGAAGCCAAAGUACCCAAGGAGACCAAUUCAAGUCCCAGUAUCUUUGAUCCUGGACUGCGAUUUCAAUGAGCUUAUGUUCGAGAAGGAACUCAAAUCCCUUGGGGCCCAGCUCACGAGAUGCUAUUCAGAAAACAGGAAGAAUCCAUAUAGAUCUCACCUCGCCCUCAGCUCUUGGGGUGGAACACUCAAGUCAAGAUUUGAGACUGUGCUCACGAACAAUCAUCUUAGUUGGAAGGGUGUGAAGUUCUUCGAGGAAGACUUUGUGGUCGCAGCAGAGAGUUUGGAUGAGGUUAUGAGAAGUAGUUCUGGAGGAACACUUGCUGGUGCUUUUUUGAAGAACACGGUUGAGGCUAUGGAAAAAAAGACAGAUAUGGGCCACUCUCCGAUCCCAGAUGGAAGUUCCGAAGAUCUCAAAGAGACAAAUGUCGCCACGGAAGCUGUCACUUCCAAGGUCCACGAAGCAUCACAGAGCACAAAUGGUGACAUAAUAACGGAAACGGCAUCUUCGCUUCAAUCAACAGUCGAACUGGAACCCAAACAAGAAGCUCCACCACCAGAAACCGCAGACUCUUCGCCUUCAAAAGCUACCCCAUCAAUUGUCUAUCUUACCGCAGACUCACCACACACCCUAGAGUACCUUUCGCCAAAUACAUGCUACAUCAUUGGCGGCAUCGUGGAUAAGAAUAGACACAAAGGACUGUGCUACAAGCGAGCCUGCGAAAGGGGUAUUCCAACGGCCAAACUCCCGAUUGGCGAAUACAUGACCAUGCAAAGCCGAAGUGUUUUGGCAGUCAAUCAUGUUGUGGAAAUUAUGCUGAAAUGGUUAGUGACUGGAGAUUGGGGAGAGGCAUUUUUGAGUGUCAUUCCUAAGAGAAAAGAGGCGAAGCUGAAAGUGAAGAAGGGCGCAGAAAAUCAGAGUGAGAAUCAAGGAGAGGAAGAGGAAGAGGGGGAGGAAAGUGAGGACGAAGAGGGCGGGGCGUCGAUUCUCGAAAACAACGCUAUCGAGGCAGUUGAUGUGAAGGAACUUGAUGAAAGGGGGCGGUUGGCGGGUUCCGACGCAAAUGACACCAUAAGAAAGUCCGUAGCUGCGAGCACUUAGCAAAAUGCAAGAAAUCCUUGUCUCGGCACGCAAAGCCUGGACAGGUGCAC